CCGGAGUUUGCCGUUAUGCCUGAGGCAAAGCCAGCGGCCAAGAAGGCCCCCAAAGGCAAAGAUGCGGCCAAACCAGCUCCCAAGGAAGCUGCUCCCCCAGAGGCUGCUCCCUCGGAGGCUGCUCCCUCGGAGGCUGCUCCCCCGGAGGCUGCUCCCCAGGACGUGCCCCCAGAGGGGGCUCCCCCAGAGUCCCCCAAAGAAGUUCCCUCUGAGGAGCAGUCCCCCGUUGCCGAAGAGCCCACAGGCAUUUUCCUGAAGAGGCCAGACUCUGUGUCGGUGGAGAAAGGAAAGGACGUGGUGAUUGUGGCCAAGGUGAACGGGAAGGAGCUCCCGGGCAAACCGACCAUCAAGUGGUUCAAGGGCAAAUGGAUGGAGCUGAGCAUCAAGAGCGGGGCCCGAUUCUCCUUCAAGGAGACCCACGACUCCGCCAACAAUGUGUACAACUUGGAGCUGCACAUUUCGAAGGUGGUCCAGGAGGACCGCGGUGACUACCGCCUGGAGGUCAAGGCCAAGGACACCUGUGACAGCUGUGGCUUCAACAUCGAUGUGGAGGUGCCCCGACAGGACUCCUCCGGGCAGAGUCUGGAAGACUUCAAGCGCUCGAAUGAAGGGAAGUCCGAAGACGCCGGAGAGCUGGACUUCAGCAGCCUGUUGAAGAAGAGGGAGGUGGUGGAGCAGGAGAAGAAAAAGAAGAAAGAUGACGACGACCUGGGCAUCCCACCUGAGAUCUGGGAGCUCCUGAAAGGGGCAAAGAAGAGUGAGUACGAGAAGAUUGCCUUCCAGUACGGCAUCACCGACCUCCGGGGCAUGCUGAAGCGGCUGAAGAAAGCCAAGGUGGAGGUCAAGAAAAGCGAAGCCUUCACGAAGAAGCUGGAUCCGGCCUACCAAGUGGACAGGGGCAACAAGAUCAAGUUGGUGGUGGAGAUCAGCGACCCAGACCUUCCCCUCAAGUGGUUCAAGAAUGGCCAGGAGAUCAAGCCAAGCAGCAAGUACGUGUUUGAGAAUGUUGGUAAGAAGCGAAUUCUCACCAUCAACAAGUGCACGAUGGCGGAUGAUGCUGCGUAUGAAGUCGCGGUUGCCGAUGAGAAGUGUUUCACUGAGCUCUUUGUCAAAGACCCCCCCGUCCUGAUUGUGACACCCCUUGAGGACCAGCAGGUGUUUGUGGGCGACAGGGUGGAAUUGGUAGUGGAGGUGUCAGAAGAAGGUGCCCAGGUCAAAUGGAUAAAAGACGGCGUGGAGAUGACGAAGGAGGAUUCCUACAAGUCGCGGUACCGCUUCAAAAAAGACGGGAAGCGUCACUUGCUCAUCUUCUCCGAAGUGACCCUGGAGGAUGCAGGUCGCUUCCAGGUCAUGACCAACGGCGGCCAGUGCGAGGCCGAUCUCAUCGUGGAAGAGAAACAGCUGGAGGUCCUGCAGGACAUCGCGGAUCUGACAGUGAAGGCCUCGGAUCAGGCCGUGUUCAAAUGUGAGGUGUCCGAUGAGAAGGUGACGGGCAAGUGGUACAAGAAUGGGGUUGAGGUGCGGCCCAGCAAGAGAAUCACCAUCUCCCACGUGGGCAGGAUCCACAAGCUGGUGAUCAAUGACGUCCGGCCCGAGGAUGAGGGGGACUACACGUUUGUACCUGACGGCUACGCCCUGUCUCUCUCGGCCAAGCUCAACUUCCUGGAAAUCAAGGUGGAGUACGUCCCCAAACAAGAGCCACCGAAGAUCCACCUGGACUGCUCGGGGAAGACCUCGGACAACUCGAUUGUGGUCGUGGCUGGGAACAAGCUGAGGCUGGACGUGGCCAUCACAGGGGAGCCCCCUCCUGUGGCCACCUGGCUGAGGGGGGAUGAGGUGUUUACGGCCACGGAGGGCAGGACCCGCAUCGAGCAGCGCGUGGAACUCAGCAGCUUUGUGAUCGAGAGCGCGGAGCGGGCGGACGAGGGCCGCUACACCAUCAAGGUCGCCAACCCCGCCGGCGAGGACGUGGCCUCCAUCUUCGUGCGGGUUGUGGAUGUCCCAGACCCCCCGGAGGCUGUGCGUGUCACCUCGGUUGGAGAGGAUUGGGCCACCCUCGUGUGGGAGCCCCCCAAGUAUGACGGAGGGCAGCCAGUCACCGGGUACCUCCUGGAGCGGAAGAAGAAGGGCUCUCACCGCUGGAUGAAGCUGAACUUCGAGGUCUUCACGGAGACGACCUACGAGUCCACCAGGAUGAUCGAGGGCGUGCUCUACGAGAUGCGGGUGUUCGCCGUCAACGCCAUCGGGGUGUCCCAGCCCAGCCUCAACACCAAGCCCUUCAUGCCCAUCGCACCCACGAGUGAACCCCGCCACCUGACGGUGGAGGAUGUGACAGAUACCACCACCACCCUCAAGUGGAGGCCUCCAGACCGGAUCGGGGCCGGCGGCAUUGACGGGUACAUGGUGGAGUACUGCCUGGAGGACUCCGAGGACUGGAUCCCUGCGAACGCGGAUCCCAUUGACCGCUGUGGCUUCACCGUCAAGAAUCUGCCCACGGGAGCGAGGAUCAUCUUUCGGGUGGUUGGGGUCAACAUCGCGGGGCGCAGCCAGCCGGCCACCCUGGCUCAGCCGGUCACCAUCAGGGAGAUCGUCGAACAACCCAAGAUCCGACUCCCCCGCCACCUCCGCCAGACUUACAUCCGCAAAGUGGGGGAGCCCAUCAACCUCCUCAUCCCCUUCCAGGGCAAGCCGCGGCCCCAGGUGGUGUGGACGAAGGGCGGGGCUCCCGUGGACUCCUCCCGCGUCAACGUGCGCACCAGCGACAUCGACACCGUGUUCUUCGUGCGCCAGGCGGCCCGCUCCGACUCGGGCGAGUACGAGCUGAACGUGCAGAUCGAGAACAUGAAGGACACGGCCGUCAUCCGCAUCCAGGUCGUGGAAAAGGCAGGGCCACCGUUGGACGUGACGGUGAAGGAGGUGUGGGGUAGCAACGCGCUGGUGGAGUGGCAGCCCCCCAAAGACGACGGGAACAGUGAGAUCACGGGCUAUUUCAUCCAGAAAGCCGAUAAGAAGACCAUGGAGUGGUUCAAUGUCUAUGAGCACAACCGCCAAACCCACUGCACGGUGCCCGACCUCAUCAUGGGCAACGAAUACUAUUUCCGAGUUUUCAGCGAGAACAUCUGUGGACUCAGUGACUCCCCUGGUCUUUCCAAGAACACAGCUCGGAUCCCCAAGGCGGGUAUCACCUACAAACCUCCUGAUUACAAGGAACACGACUUCCGCACGCCUCCCAAGUUCCUGACGCCGCUGCCGGACCGGGUGGUCGUGGCUGGUUACGCUGCUGCUCUCAACUGUGCCGUCAGAGGCUUCCCACAGCCGAAGGUGGUCUGGAUGAAGAACAAGAUGGAAAUCCGAGAAGAUCCCAAGUUCCUGAUGACCAAUUUCCAGGGGAUCCUGACGCUGAACAUCCGCCGCCCGACCCCCUUCGAUACCGGGACGUACACCUGCCGGGCUGUCAACGAGCUGGGGGAGGCGCUGGCCGAGUGCAAGCUGGAGGUCAGAGUGCCCCAGUGACACUCUCUCCGACCUGCCCAGAUCAUUGGCUGCUGAGUCCUGCCCCGACCUCCCUGAAUAGUGUUUCCCUUUGAGGAGGUAUCACUGAGAAG